AUGCAAGCGCUGCGGCCGCUCGCUCCAGACAGCUCCAGUCUGGCUGCCGAGCAUCAGCAUCAGCAACAUCAGCAACAGCAUCAGACCGAACCAGCCGCAGUGGUCGCAGUGGUCGCCGUCGUGGAGGAGCAACCAGAACCAGCGUUUGAACCAGCGUUAGAACCAGCAGCACAUCCGACGCCAGCAGCAGCAGCAGCAGCAGCAGAUGGGCUGUCUGACGUUGCUGGCAGCAGUGUGUUUGCGCAGCAGCAGCAGCAACAGCAGCCUGUGACUGUGACUGAAGCUGUGACUGAGGCUGUGACUGCGAAUGCUUCAGCUGACUCGCUGGCGGCUGACCCAGUCGCAGUGCUCACUCCGACCGACGAGGACGGGGGCGCAUCCACUAUUGCCACUGCCACUGCCACUGAACCUGUUGUGCCUGUUGUGGCUGUUGUGGCUGUUGUGCCUGUUGCUGCUGAGGCUGCUGUGCCUGUUGCCGGUGCUGGGAUUCCGCUGAGCCGCUUCUUUAGCAGCCACAAGCGAAGCAGCAGCCAGGGCGACAUUGCUGCACUGGACUCGAGCGCUGCCGCCACAACCACCUCCACCAACACUGCGGGCGUGGCUGCGUCUGCUAGGAGCAGUAGCAUCAGCAGCAGUAGUGGCGCGGGCAGCCAGGUCGCGCUGCUGCGACGGUCGGCGCUCGUCCAGUCAUCGCGCUCAGCGACGCAGAUGGCGCCACUCACCGCUCUGCCUGCGCUCGUCCCGUUCGGCACGCUGGCAAUGAUGCCGCGCGCGUCAAGUCCGGCAGCGUUGGCAACGGGACAACAACCAGGCCUGGCGUCGUUGUCCAGCAGCAAUGCCGCCUCUGAGCUGGCCCCGCCUCCUCCUCCUGCCUCGGGUAGCGCAUCACCCUCCUCCUCUUCUGCUGCUGCUGCUGCUGCGGCGGCGGCGGCGACUGCUUCAUCAAUAUCACCGUCAGCCUCCUCCUCAUCAGGAUCGCUCGCAUCGUCAAUCGUCUCAUCAAAGCGAUCGUUCAGGCUGAAAAAGAAACAGGGAACGUCGACGCCAUCGAGCUUUUCGGCCGCAACAGGUCGAUCAGCCCUCACCAAAUCGGAAUCCGCUCACCAGCUCAGCGCACUCAGCGCGAUGGAUUCGGCCAGCUCUCCGUCGACGUCCAUGUUCUCUUCGACCUUCCAGCGUUCUGGCGUGGUGCCCCCGCAUAGUCCGGCUGCCACAUCCAGCACCAGCUUCUUCCCCAUCGCAGCACGCCCGUUUGCAGCCACAGUCCCUGCUCAACACGAGCCAGCGCCACUCGGAACGCUGCUCAAAGUGCGGCUCUUGUCUGGCGAUGUGUCCCGCGUACAAGUGGCACCAGAGACGACCAUGUACGAAGUACUGUCGUACAUUUGCCGGAAGAGGUUUCUUGAUAUUGGAACACACCGCCUGUUGCAAACGGAUGUUCAAGCCGACAACGCAACCGUCGAGAUUGAGCUUGACAAGCGUUUCGCCGAUUUAAAAGUCAAAGAGGUUCGCUGCGAGCCAGUUUCGCGAAAAAUUAUCGCUCGACGGACGGAAAACUAUCGCAACGACUUUGAGGCUGUCGAAUCGAUCGUCAUCAAUCACCAAAUACAUUUAAACAACCUGCUCAAGAGCGCCGAGGGACACUACUCGCCACCCGAAAGUCUUGACAAGAAGAAACGAUUGGUCAGUUUGCUCAUGUACAGUAACAUGUGCUCAUCCCCAAGCAUAGUGCGACCAGCUCGCUUGUUGAUAUUCGAUCAAAACGAACCAUCGAGCAUGAACACUUCAACAGACAGCUUGCCGCAGCUAAAUUCAAACGGCAGCGAGGCGACAUCGAGAACGACUUCGCCGCAGCCGGGAGGAGCAGCCUCUCCGCAGCUCGCCUCUAGCCGUCAUGGGAGUGGCUCGUCGUCUGGCACAGCUCCCCAGACCAUCCCUGCUCGCAAGUCCUCCGUCUUUUCACUGUUUACCUCGUCCGGGGGCGGCGGCGAUCGCACCUCAGCCUCAUCGACGCCAUCUGGCGAGUUCUCCUUGCCGCACGCCAGCGGGAGCGCGGGCAGUCAAUACGGAGCCUCGCUCCGCCCAUCUGCUGCUACUGCUACGGAUUCGGAUAGCAACAACAGCAGCAUGAGCAACAGCACCAACCAGCUGAAUGAGAUUGCAGCGUCGCCGCCAGGGUCGCAAGGAGCGUCGUUUUCUCCGCCUUCACUCUCUGUCUCUCCCUCCUCCUCGUCUCUCAGUUCCGGCGCAUCACUCAACACUGCAUACAAGCGUUCUCUGCGAAAGCGCACACCUUCCGGCCGGCCUCAUCUUGGAGUGGAUGCCGAGACGCUCGAGCAGUACGAGCAACAUUCGCUCGCUGCCAAACGCGCCAACCUGGCUUCAGGCGACUCGACCUCCUCCCUUAUCUCGCUUGGUGGGACAGAGCUGUCGGUUAUUGUACCACCCACGCCGAAUCGCCUCGGAACCCCAUCACAGCUCUCCCCUUCGUCGGCCGCCGCCGAGGCAGCGUCGUCAAAUUUGCAUCACGCAAUGAUUCGCGCUUCCCUGCGCGAGCCACAGUACGAGUGUGGAUUUUGUCAUCUUGGUUUUGUGGUUUGA